AUGUGCACAGGUCACACCGAAAACGAUGGAAACUCCCAGUACCCAUUGCGCACUUCUGGACCUGUCGGGAAACGCAUCAUGCGUCUGGAUAGAAAUCGCGUUGGUCAAUUGUACUCACCAGGGCAAUGGGAGAAAGUCAAUUUACUGAGUUUCCAGGAGGCGACGGACGAGUCCAAUUCCUAUGAGAUAACACAAGUCGGCCAACAAUUCGGGCCGUCGUGGUCGACGCAGUGGUUCAAGGUCUACAUUACCAUCCCAAACGAAAUUAAGCACGAAAAACACAUUGAAUUGAAUUGGGACUGUAACAACGAAGCUACAGUUUGGAUGGAGGACGGAACGCCACUGCAAGGAUUGACAGGUUGA